CAGAUGCUGGGGCCUGAGACCUGGGAUUGGCCCAAAACAGGGCUGUGUUGACCCAACAGCUGGGCAUUGGCAUCCUGUCAAUCUGCCGAGAGCCUAGAAAUAGUGCGGGGGCAGUCUGCUGGUCUCAGUGUGUCAGAGGAAGCAACCAUGCAGGUGCUAACCAAGCGUUACCCCAAGAACUGCCUGCUGACGGUCAUGGACCGGUAUUCAGCAGAGGUGCACAACAUGGAGCAGGUGGUGAUGAUCCCCAGCCUUCUGCGGGACAUGCAGCUGAGUGGGCAUGGGGGCCGGGCCCAGGCUGAGGCCCCUGAUCUCUAUACCUACUUCACCAUGCUCAAGGCCAUCUGCGUGGAUGUGGACCAUGGGCUGCUGCCACGGGAGGAGUGGCAGGCCAAGGUGGCAGGCAGCGAAGAGAAUGGAACCGCAGAGACAGAGGAAGUCGAGGACGAGAGUGCCUCAGGAGAGCUGGACCUGGAAGCCCAGUUCCACCUGCACUUCUCCAGCCUCCAUCACAUCCUCAUGCACCUCACCGAGAAAGCCCAGGAGGUGACAAGGAAAUACCAGGAAAUGACGGGACAAGUUUGGUAGACCUUGGACACUAGGGAAGAUCCCUUCACGAUAGAAGGCAGACUCUUUGAUGAGGCCAGCGGAGCAGUUCACUAGCUGAUGAUGAGAGCAGAAAGGCCUAGAUCUGCAGCCAGAAGUGAAGGUGGCUCAGUUCUCCGGGAUGCUUCUCUACCUCCUGAGCACCAAUUCCUGGAUUCCAGUCACUGGCUCACCUUUAGAAUGUCUGUUGCUAUUCACUGCUCCCCUCGCUCCUCUUACCAGCUUGGGGAGGUGUCCAAUGGUUCAGGAGGGACUAGACAGUUACCUGUCCAGUGUGGUAUGGUAGGAAGAGUGUAGGUGUUGGCAUGUGACCAAAAUUCACAUCCCUCCUCAUGGCAGUCAUUCAGUAUGUGUACUUGUACAAGUUAUUUAACCCAUUGGAGCCUAAAUUCCUUCAUCUAUAAAAUGGGGAUAAUAUUAUCUACCUCACAAGUUUAUGAAAACUAAACAUGAUGAAUCGAAAGCACUUGGCAUGUGAGGGCUAUUAAAAUAGCCUGAUUUUUUUUUCUCCCCCUCUCCCCUAUGUAUUUGCUCUGGCCCUUGCUUUUUACCCUCCAGAGCUAAGAGGUAGCAGUCUCUUGGGAUGAGUGGUUCACCCUCUUUUACUUGGCAACCACUGAUGAGGCCAACGACAGGUGAACUAUAAACCUAUUUAUUGCAGAACUAAUUAAAAAAACCAAAGCCUUGUAUUUGUACAUCUUUAUUAUUUCUAAAGCACUUUCUUCAACCUAAUUUCAGUUUUUACAAUUGGUACUCAAGAAAACAGAGACAGAAUUCAUUUGAUUUUGCCCAGAAACCAUCUGCUUAUAUUUAUAAGGCCACCCAAUUUGAAAUCACAUAUAGGCCAGGCGCGGUGGCUCACGCCUGUAAUCCCAACACUUUGGAAGGCCAAGGCAGGUGGAUCACAAGGUCAAGAGAUCGAGACCAUCUUGGCCAACAUGGUGAAACCCCAUCUCUACUAAAAACACAAAAAUCAGCUGGGCAUCGUGGCAUGCACCUGUAGUCCCAGCCACUCGGGAGGCUGAGGCAGGAGAAUUGCUUGAACCCGGGAGGUGGAGGUUGCCGUGAGCCGAAAUUGCGCCACUGCACUCCAGCCUAAUGACAGAACAAGACUGUCUCAAAAAAAAAAAAAACAAAAAAAAAAACCACAUAUACUUUAUCUCUAAAACCUAAUCUGAUUAUAAAUUCUAAGCUAGGAAACAAAAACUUUUGGGACAAGUACUUUUUUUUUGACAGGGUCUCCUUUGUCACCCAGGCUGGAGUGUCACCCAGGCUGCAGUGAACUGUGACACAAUCAUAGUUAAUUGCCUCCUCAAAUUCCAGGGCUCAAUAGAUCCUCCCACCUCAGCCUCAUGAAUAGCUGGGACUGCAGGAACGUGCCACCAUGCCCGGCUAAUUUUUGUAUUUUGUGUAGAGACAGUGUUUCGCCAUGUUGCCCAGGUUGGUCUCGAACUCCUGGGCUCAAGCAAUCUACCCUGCCUCAGCCUCUCAAAGUACUGGGAUUACAGGCAUAAGCCACUGCAUCGGGCCAGGACAAGCAUUUGAUAAGCCAUAAAAAGUAACCUCAUUCCAGUUAGGUACAGUCUUUUGCUAAUUGCACCAAGCUCCACUGUAGACAGUAUUAGCUCCUGAGUCCACUUUCUCCAGGAUAAUCCACCUAAGAGCAAAGACAACUUGGCAACAUAAGAUUUCUGUUUUCCUUGUCUGGAGUCUCCUCCUUCUAAACCACCUUCUAUAUCAUUACAGACAGCUCAGAAACACAAACCUGUGUGAUUUAAAACGCCUUAAUGACUUAAUACCUACAGGAUGAAGUCAAAAUUAUUUGGCAAGAGUCACAGAAUCCUCCAUAAUCUGGCUCACUCUAAAUUCACUUUGCACUAGGACAGGGGCAGGCAAACCUUUUCGGCAGGCCAUAGGUCUCUACCACAACUACUCAGUUCUGCUCUUGCAGUAUGGCAGUCACCAUAAGCAACAUGUAAACAAAUGAGCGUGGCUGUGUUCCAAUGAGACUUUAUCGGCAGUAGGCCAGAUUUGGGUAGUCUGCUAACUCUAAACUAGAAUUCAACCUCAUUUUAAAAUCUUUCAGAUGGGUGAAUGGAAACUGACCAUUCUCUGAUGAACUAUUUUUCUUACAACAAUAAAGAGUCAGAGUACUCAUGGUAACUACUUUAAUUACAAGGUGUCAACAUACAGAUUAGCAUAAGCUUCAACUGUCAUUAGAAACAUAUUCCAUCAAAUUCAGAAACAGCAGGUAUCAGUGAAACUGAAGCAAGCAUUUUGAAGACUUCAACGUACUGGAUGGAA